AUGCCCGUCCCCGUCAUUCCUCCCUUCCCCGACGACGUUCCCGUCGUACCGCUGCUGGUCAUCGACUACAAGCGUAUCCUCGCCCGUGACGAAGAGGAGAUCGAUCGUCUCUGGGAAGCCGCGACGAAGCUCGGGUUCUGGUACUUGAAGAACCACGGCGCUGAUGCGGAAGUGGAUGCUAUGUUAGAUAUGGGUGCCGAAACGAUGCGCCUGCCUCUCGACGAGAAGAUGAAGUACGAGCAGGGCGAUGGCGGGAUGUCGUUUGGAUACAAAGCAGCAGGCGCCAACGCAACUGAUGCCACCGGUGCCCUCGAUGCUGUCGAAUUCAUCAACGUCUCGCGCGACGACGCACUCUCCUACCCCGCCCCAACCCACCGCACAUACCCUUCCACCGUCAACGAGCGCAUGAUAAACACAAUACGACCAUUCAUAGAGAAGAGCACCGCCGUGAACGAUACGAUCCUCGACGUCCUCAAUGACCGACUAGGCCUGCCGAAGGGCGAACUUGCCAAGAGACACGAUGUCAAUGAGAAGAGCGGGAGCGAGAGCAGGGUUAUCAAGAACCCGCCUAAUCAGACGUAUACGGCGGAUAAGGCGGUACUGGGAGCGCAUACGGACUUUGGGUCGUUGUCGUUCUUGCAUCAUCGGCAGCUUGGUGGGUUGCAGGUGCUACCGCCGGGCUCGGAGCAGUGGAAGUACGUGCGGCCUGUCCCAGGCCAUGCGAUCUGCAACAUCGGAGACGCGCUCGCUAUCUUCAGCGGCGGCAUCUUACGCUCGAACAUCCACCGCGUCGUACCUCCGCCUAAGGAACAGGCCGCCUUCGAGCGCUGGUCCCUCGUCUUCUUCACGCGCCCAGGAGAAGGUCAACUUCUCGCGCCACUCUCUUCCGAGUCCACCAUCAUCGCCGAGGCAGCGAGGGAGAAGCCUGAACUGAAUACGGGUUCGACGUCUGGAGAGUGGUUCGCGAGACGGAUCAAGAAUCAGAGGAUCAAGAACCGGAAGGGUCCGGAGACGUGGGCGCAGAGCCGCGGGACGGAGUAUAAACCUGAGGUCGUGUAG